AUUCAUAUAAGAGGUAUGCAAAUACGGGAGAAUCCUGAAAAAAAAUUUAGGAUCCAAACAUUGACAUGGAUACUACAACGAGUAUCGAAGAAUUGAUCGAAAAAUUAACGACAAAUGGCGGUGAAGAACUUGAUCGGAAACAAUUAUCAACAUUCAAAAAAUAUUGUAAAGCUGAACGUGAUAAUAAUGAAGUUUUCAAAUAUUUAUAUCGUUUAAUUUAUCAUCGUUUAAAACAGAAUCAUGCACAAAUUCGUUAUAGUUCUUUUCUUAUUAUCGAUUAUCUAUUUGAACGUUCACGUCUAUUUCGAUUGAUUGUAUGUGAAAAUUUACAAAAUGUACUUGAACUUUGUCUGGAUAUGACACUUUCGAAUAGCCGAAUCGAUAAUAGUGGUCGAGAAAAUCUUGAACAAUCAUCGACUCAUCAUAAAUCAUUACGGCCAAAAAUUUGGGCAAAUAAAUUGCAUACAAAAAUUUUGGAUCGUUUUCAAUAUUGGUUUAGUGAAUUUGCUGAUGAUUAUCCUACAUUGAGCCAUUAUCAUAAAUUAUUGAUUGAGAAAAAAGCUUUCACAGUACAACAAUCAUCUGUUCAAUGGCAACGAAUAAUUGCGAAUGAAACUAUUGAACAAUUACGAAAAGAUUUCGAUGAAUUGGAAAAUGAUGUCAAUCUGUUGAUUAUCCAAAUUGAUUCAUGUUUUGAAUUACUUAUACCAAAGAUUAAUAUAAUUGAAAAUAAUGAAUGCAAUAAUCAAACUAAUGACAAUCAUUCAAAUAUUCGUCCAAUGCAAGGCCUUUCAUUCAAUAUCAUACUUGUUUCAAAGAUAGAAAUCGUCCGUGAUAAAUCUAAUAAUGUGAUAAUUGAUAAUCUCCACGAGCUAUGUAAAGAAUUGAAUAAUAUUGGGCGUAAAAUUGGCCUUCUUGAAACGCAUUCUAAAUUUGCCAAUGAUGUACUUGGUGAUGAUAUUAAACAAUUACGAAUGAAAAUUGUAUCAAUAUUGAGCAAAGAAAAUGAUAUUAAAAUUAUCGAAGAAUCAUCAUCAGUAGUAGAUAAUGAUGAUAGUGAUGACCUUGAUGAAGAUGAUUUUGAAGAAGUCGCCGAAACCGAAGAUAAAAUUUUGUUAGCCAAAAUGGAACAAGAUAAAAAUGAAAAAAAUCAACAAGUGAUGUCUUCAACAAUAAUUGCCGAGAAUCAAUGUCGAGCAUUAUUACCAUCGGGACGUCUUUGUCCACGAAGAGAUCUUAUAAAUUGUCCAUUCCAUGGAAAAAUCAUACCCCGUGAUGAAGAAGGUCUACCAUUGGAUGGUGAACUUAGACAACAAGAAUUGGAUGCUAAAUUUCAACGUGAAUCAAACGAAUGGAAAGAUCCACGUUAUCUUAGAAUUUUAAGCGAACAGAUUGGUAAAGAUUUACGAUUGAAUAUCAAACGAAAACGAAAUACCAGUCAAACUUUAAUUAAUUUAAAACAAUUAAAUUCAACUCCACGACAACGUUUAAAAUCAAAAUUGAAAAUUAAAUUAAAAAAAUAGUUAUUAUUGUUCUACUAAAAAAAAUUUCAAUAUCAUUCAGGUGUUCUGUUAUUACGACAUUAUGUUACGAACAUGUCAAAAAAAAUCACUAAUGGCAACCACCAGUGAAACCAUUCACUUUCAAAACGAUCGUGGCACAUUUUCGUUUUCAUUUCGUUUUGAUGUUGCAAUCCAAACUGUAUAGGCUGGUGUUUUCAACACAUUGCUCAAUAUAUGCUUGAAUGGUGGGAUACUGGCUCAUUUAUUAUAUUGCGUCUAAAAUGCCUGAUGCCUGGUGUGUGUGUGUGUUGAGUUGUGGUUUUCCUGGAAUUUUAAAGCUAGCGUGGAUAGUAUAUAUACAAACUUCAUGAUGAUUACUCAUCAUCGUGAUCAGAUCGGGCGUCAAUAUUCCCCGUAUUUCUUAUCGUGAUUGUGCUAUCAUUUUUGGAUUUAUGGUGGCUGCUGCUCUCAAUAUUGUAUACUACUACAUAUUUUAUAUAUAGAAAAUUUUUUCAUAUAUGUGUGUAUCCAGGAUUCCAGAUACAGAGAGAACUCAAGUUGUUUGCUAUGUUCUGGAUCGCUUUCUCUCUCUCUCUCUCUCUUUUUUCUUGUAUCACAAAGCGGUUAUUGACGUCGGUAAAUAGACUCACGCGCAUACAUCGUUAUCAUCAUCAUCAUCAUAUAUAACGGUCAUGAGUAUAGAGAAAAUUUUACCAUUCCAAACAAAAAAAACAAGAACAAAAUGAGCCAACGAAAGAGAUAAAUAGACAGAUGACAUGCGAUUUUGUUAAUUUGUAUAACAUAUAGAUAGAAUAGAUAGAUAGAUUUAAUUAUCUAAGAAGAUUGCUUGUUUGACUUCAUUUUUGCUUCCUAAACAGAAAAAUAAACAACAAACAAAACGAUUAAAAGGCAAAUCGAUUAGUAAUUUUCAGCUUUUCAUUUUCACUAAUUGUUUGUUAAUAUAUCCGGUGUUUAUAUACUAAAUGAUUCGUCAGAAAUCGAAAUGAUCAUAUAUAUAAAAUAACCAACAAUUUGGCUGUGAUCACCAUUUGUUUGUCAUCAAAAUUCUCGAAACGAAUAAUUCAUCAUUCAUCAUUUAUAAUAUAAAAUGUGAAAUUUUUUUCCUCUCUCUCUCUCACCCUCUACCUCGUUGAUUCAAUCACAAUAGCCGAAAUAACCGAGUUUUUUUUUUACAAACAACAACGAUGAUGAUGAUGAUGAUGUUUUGUAUGUGAUCAUCAUCAUCAUUUUCAUACCAUGAAUCAACACAUAUACCGAAAACAAUCAUUGGAGAAAAAGAGAUUUUUUCGGGUUAGAAAAACAGAUACUCAAAAUAAACUAUUGAACAUUGAGUAAACCUCUAUUAGUGUGUAUGUUCGCGUGUGUUUGUGUAUGUGUGUAUUCGAAUUUCUUUUAUACCCGAAGAUUUACAUAUAGUCGUACCGUCUUCGUGAUCAUCAACAACAUCAAUUCAACAUUGUCGUUCUAGUUCAUAUAUGAUUGUUAUUGUUCUUUUCUUUUUUCUCUCUAUCUAUCUUUCUCUCAUAUUCUCAUCGAUGUCUUUCUUGUCCUGAAGAGUUCUUUUUUUUCGGCCAACAAACCAACCAACCAAACAAA